CAUCAAGCUUUGCUGUUCCGCUGAGCACUAAACGGAACAUUAAUUUAACUACGUUCCUUGGGGGGGCUGUGAUGUCAUCGUAAAGGGUUCCACCAUUCGCUCCUGUGUUUACCUAAUAUUGUUCUCUCUGGAUGAGAUGCGGGACCGAUCUCUUGUUACGGUUCACCUUUCGGCGCAGCGUGUGGACCCAUCUGCCGACGGCGCCUGAGAAAGUAAAGCUGAGUAAACAGAAACUUCCUGUUCCUCCGCAUGCAGCAUCGCCGGCGACCGCAAGCUGACGAAAGAGCCCUGUGCGUUGCGAAAGGCACCAUUGCAUUCCUCGCUUCAUGGCAGGGACAUUUUGAACGUGGACUGAUAUUGUGUCCAAUAUUGUGUCAGUAUGAAUUAUCACCUGUGGUGUCAGUUGGCGGACCGAUGGUGACCCCGCCCCCUGCUGUCCCCCGCCACCAUUCCAGUUACCCCAAGGGUCACGGAAGGAGCGUCGAGGUGAAGAUGAACGCCCGUAACACACUUCACGGGGGACGAGCGUGGCAGAAUACCAAGUGGCCGUCACCCUCGCGUCCCGUCCCUUAUCUGCCCCCUGAUUUGCCUCCGGAGCGGGAACCAAAGGCCGAGCGCCUCCAGCCAAUCAGCCAAAAGCCUCGGGAGGGCGGAGCCUGUAUCCCCACCUUUGCCGACAUUGCUCGAAAUCGAGGACCCGCCAACUUGCUACUCCAGUGUGGAGCAUGAGGUGUCUGGAAGUGUCCCUAGCGUCCCUCCCGGCACCAGGCGCUUUAAUAUCUUUCAUCUCCGCCGAGCAGGAAUGUGCACCUCCUGCACUCGUCUCGCCCGCUCCCUGGUUGCACUGCGUUCCUGCACCAACUGCCCCCCACCCCCCCCGACCCCGAUGAUUCCAGUGACCGAGCAACACCGUGGCACAGGAUCCACUGUCCUCUGCCACACCUGCAGUCACCCCAACAAGAAGUCAUGGCCGCAGGGUUGGGGGUUGUGUGUAUUGCCCUCCAGCGACUAGCCCUGCAGUACCAGAAGAAAGACUGGCAGCGGGUGAAAGGAGACGCCUUCACCUCAGGGGGCGUGUUUGCAGUGUGGCGCUCCCUGGUGGAGGCGACGGCGUGCAGCGCAGCAGCCCGUCUGACUGCGGCCGAGGGCUACCGCUCACUUACCGGUGAGGCCAUGAAGAACCUGCGGGCAGCCAAGGAGCAGCGGGCCAAACGGGGGUUCGAGCAGCUGCAGAGGGUCCAGGGUGAGCUGGUGGAGACUGUGCGGGACCUGAACAAGGUGAAAAAGCGGUACUGGCAGCUGGAGCACAUCACCAGUGUGGCCAGGGAGAAAGCAGCCGACGCUCAGGCCAGAUCCAGAAAGGGCGACCAUGGCCUUUUCCACUUCAGAACUGGCGUGCAGAAGAUGAUCUCAAAGCUGAACGCAAGACUAGCCGAGUGCGACCGGCGGCUCACGGAAGCUCGCAACGAGUACCUGCUCACAUUGGCGGCCAUCAACGCCCACCAGCGGCACUACCAGGCCGUGGACCUGCCUGCCAUCAUGGAGGACAUCGAUGGCGACUUGUACGACCAGCUCAGGGGGCACUUCACCCUGCUGUGUUGUGCCGAGAUCGACGCCUGUCAGUUGGCACAGAGUGAGUUUGCCCGCAUCCAGAGCGAUUCGAGUCAGGUGACCAGAGAGCAGGACCUCCAGCUCUUCCUGAGGGAGACUCCAACCUUCACCCAGAGCUCAGAGUUCCUCUUCCAAACGGCGUCCAACGACAAGGUGUGCAGCCUGCAGCACCAGAGCUCUGUCCCUGAUGGUGAGAGCUGCCUGCUCAAGGAGGUGCGCAAGUGGGCCACCAAGUCCGCCAAGGACUACAAGAUCAUCACUCAUGGAGAGAGGGCCCUGCAGACUCUGGAGAGGCGCCGGACACUGGUGAGGGCGGAAGAACCAGGGGCAGGGCUGGAACGGAAGGUGGAGGAGGUGAAGGAGACCGUGAGGAAGGCGCAGGUGAGCCGAGCGAGGGCGGAGUCCCGGCUGGCCCUGCUUGCCGAGGCCGGCGUGGACGUGGAGCCUUGUGUGAAGAGCGCAAUGAGCCAGGCGGAUGUGGAGCUUGAGAAUGAGAGGCGGCUCAGCGAAGCCCGCAUGUCCAACGGAGACACUGCCGCUUCAGAUGACGAGUUUGACUUCACCGACUUUGAGGACUUUGAGGAGAGCGGUGAUGCAUUUGCCGAGUCCACCGCCGGCCCUCGUCCCUGCAGAUACCCCGUCCCCUGCAGGGUCCUCUACAGCUACCAGGCUUGCCAUGCCGAUGAGCUGUCAAUCACGGAGGGGGAGGAGCUACAGGUGAUCGAGGAUGGAGACAUGGAGGACUGGCUGAAGGCACGCAACGGCGCUGGGCGCGAGGGCUACGUGCCUGAGCGCUACCUACAGUUCCUGCCGUGGCCACCAGAGGGCCAGGUAUCUGAGAAACCCCAGCUGAGCUCAUCGUUCAGCAGCUCUGCGUCUUUCCCGGGUCCCCAGGGAAGCGAUCCAGAACACGUGUCACGCUCCGCAGGACUGGUGAGGGCACUCUAUGAAUACCAGGGCCAGAGCGCGGAAGAGCUGUCCUUCCCGGAGGGGGCUCUGAUCCGACUGCGCCGCUGCCGCCAAGGCCUGGUGGACGACGGCUUCUGGGAGGGCGAGCUAGACGGGCGCAUUGGCGUCUUCCCCUCACUGGUGGUGGAGCUGCUGGGGGAAACUGAGGAGGAGGCCCCAGAGGAGGAGUGUCCACGCACCCCGUCACCACCCCCUUUUUCCCCACCGGCCCCUGCCGUGGGGAGCCCCUUUGGUCAGCACUGCCCAUCGCCUGGCCUGGGCUCAUGGUCGGAACUCAGUGCGCCACCUAGGGAUGUGGAGGACAAACUGCAGCUGGUUCCGCAGGAUUUCCUGAGACUGUCGGAGAGCGGAGCAGAUGGCGGCAGCAUCCUCAGCUCACCUGACUUCUCUGCGAACAAGUUGCGGCCGGUCCGCGCACCCCCACCACCCCCAUCCUACGGGCAGCCUCCUGGGCCCUGAAGACCCCCUGCGACCGUGACCACAUCACCUCACUCACCGCAGCACCUCCGUCCUCCUGUAGCCUGUGAGAUCAGGUCGUGCUCCUGAGUGGACCACACACGCAGGGCUGGUGGUCAAGGAAGAGUGUUCCCUGUCUGUAUGAAUCUGUAGUAAUAACAGAUAAUUUCAUGGGCAGCCCGGGUGUGGCAGCCUGACUGACGGCUGUCUCGACCGCUGUGUUGUGGCAUUGCUAGCGGUUGCAGACUAACCGUUCAAAGCCUUGACCGUCCCAUGAGCUACAGUUUUAAAAAGGUUAUCCUGCUGUUUGGGGGGGGGGUUGUGCUAAACGCCGCUCUGUAUUUAUUGCAGUAUUUAGACUUGCAUACCACAGCUGUGUGGUUUCACCUCACUCUGACUGGGACCGGAAGACGUGUCCCGCGUUUUAUGAAAAGUGUUCGCCACUCAAGACCUGCCUCAUAUGUGUGUCUUUGUGUGUUGGUUGUGCUUUAUAAGCCAGAAAUUAAAAUGCUCUUACAGUGACUUAUUGAAACCCUACUUCGCUGUUCCUGAAGCUUCAUUUGCAUAACAACCAUGAACUAAAUACCGAUCAUAAGUUCACUAUUUUACACUGGGACUCAUCACAGGGCACAUUAUCUCAGUUUUUUCCCCCAGAGUUUAUCUUGAACCCUAAACCCUCCUGGAUGAGGAGGAGACUCACAGGGCACUUCAAAGGCCCCCUUCCAAAAAAAAGGAAAAGGGUGUCGCGAGCAGGAAGUGGCGCACGUAGUGAAGGUGCCCACAGGAAGUGUGCAGAAUGCAGGGGGGCAACAGAAACACCUUCCGACAAGGACAGAUGAGCGGAGACGUGGUAAAAAUGCAUAGCUUUAUUUAUUGUGCCCUUCCAAAGGAUAGAGGACAGAUGAAUGUACAGCUGUGCGUCAUCUAGGCGUCGAUAAUAAAUAUUAUAUAGACAGAAAUGUGCGUUUAGCACUCGUCGCAGGCGCUGUCCACGCAUGUCCGGCUCGAGCGUGUCCGUGUCCACGCAUGCACUGUAUGCCUGUUAAGGCCACUGCACAGACACACACACACACACACAUUCAUACAGAGUCACACUGAAGAUGUAGAUGGGUACAGCAGUGGGGUCACUACAUGUGGCAGCUGGCUGGUCGUAACUGGUGAAUUGCAUCAUGGGAUGCGUGUGUGUGUGUGUGUGUGUGUGUGUGUGUGUGCUCGUCUUCAUGUCAGCUCUGCUUGUGGUCUGAGAACAACACACAUACAUGUACAUGGACAUGGCGUUUGCUGGUGGGACGCGCUGGUGGACGGGCUGAUUCCUGGACAUUGUUCAGCUUAAAAGAGUCCUUCUAAAAAUAAACUCUCAUUUAUGCAUGAAGGCCAUCGCUAUUAUUGUUAUUGUUGUUAUAUGUAAUGAGUCACAUGCUUUGUGUCUCUACAUUCACUGACGUUCUGCUGUGUGACGUCCUAGGAAUGAAGUCAAUACAUUUCUGAAGGUCUAUAACUGGUGUCACUGAUUGUUCUCCUUUGUGUCCGGUUGUGUCUGGUUGAUGAGGGGGUGCGGUGGCACAGCGGGUUUGGCCGGGUCCCACUCUCAGGUAGGUCUGGGGUUCGAGUCCCGCUUGGGGUGCUUUGUGAAUG